UCCUUCUACAUCAGACUGUCACAGUGUGAGGAGCUUACCCAACCCUCAUUAGAGCUGCAGGAUUUGACCUCUCAGCUUCAGUUUUUGGAAGCCAGCCAGAAAUCUGGUGUCAAGGCAAAGAGACACAGGAAACAGGGGGAGAAAAAAAAAGUCUGAGAUGGGGAGAUACUCAAGUAGAGGAGAGAAAAAGUGAGAGAGAGAGAGAAGGGGGAAGCAAAGCUGGAGAAGAAAUACAUUAUACAUCACACAGAACAGAAAGGGAAUAAGUGUAAGUAAAAAGCAGCUAGACAAGAAAUAAACAGGGAAGAGAAAGUGGUAACUAGACAACAGAGAGGGAGAGUGCACUAGAUGUGAGCCAAAGAGGGAGGUUUCUGUGAGUGACACAAAGUGACCAGUUAUUGGGAGGAUUUGGAGUUCCCAGUGACAUAUUUGUGCUGUGGCUGAUCCUGGUGCGCCUGAUGACCACACAUACAGCUUACAGCAGUGCACAGGGGGCAGCUUACAGCAGUGCACAAGGAGCAGCGCAUGAGUCUGGUACUGUGGAGGAGCUGUGACAACCUGUAACACCAGUUUUGGGGGACACAUACAGCUGGCAUUAAGGGAACUGUUCUGCCCUGAGGACACCACAGUUAUUGGAUGACUUAUUGGGUGCAGCUUAAGGUCAAUGUAUUGGCUCCUCUCACCUGCUUUGGAGUAUAGGGUCUGGGUCAAGAUGUCUUCAAAUCCUGAGGAGAGGAGAACCCUUAGCUCACAGGCAAUUCUCUAAUGGAUAGAUGAGACCAAAAGGAUGACUGGCUGGGCCACUCUCUCCCUCAAAGCGCUGAUCAUACUUCUUUUUGUGAUGUCUUCUAAAGCAGGUUCUUCUGGACAUUUUCGGGUUUGUGAACCAUACUCCGACUACAAAGGCCGGUAUCACUUUGGUUUCCACUGCCCACGACUUUCUGAUAAUAAAUCUUACAUCUUUUGCUGUCACCAUAACAACACAGUGUUUAAAUACUGCUGUAAUGAGACAGAAUUCCAGAGUGUUAUGCAGAUGAAUCUAACAAUGGGAACAGAUGGAUAUAUGCAUAACAACUACAGUGCCCUGAUUGGCGUCUGGAUUUAUGGAUUUUUUGUGGUCACUCUCCUUGUGUUGGACCUUCUGUAUUAUUCAGCAAUGAACUAUGAGAUUUGCAAACUAUACCUAGCUAGGUGGGGUAUCCAAGGAAAAUGGAUGAGACAAGGACAGAGGCAGUGGAAUAACCCUACACAGGAGCCAUGUCAAGCACAGACGCAACAUCAGACAUCGCAAGGUGUGCGCACGGUAAAAGGAGAAGUCGCUAGUCCAACACUGAUGUCCUUUCAGACUUCAACUGCCUGAAAUAAAACUACAGUGCCUAAAGAUAUGAGAAUCCCAGGAAAAGGCUUGCAACGGGGCGAGCCACACGAAUACUGACAUUGAUGGGCUGAAGGACGACAAAAGGAGACUGACAUUUGAGUCAUUAUAAAAGGUUCUGCUUUGGCAGGACAAAAAGAGACAGUCAGCAAGAUGGACUUUCCAACUUUGUAAGCAAUAUUUUUAUCUGUAGCGUAAGGAAAUUAAAAAAAAAAAAUGACUGUCACCUCUGAUAAAGAGAAUGACUGACUGAACGAAAUGUGUUGCUCUAGCAAUAUUGACACUGGAACAGCAGGAAACAAGAUAAUGAUGAUAGGAACAACAUUGUCUACCCCCUGUCACUUGUCUGUUCUCGUUAGGUACCUAGUUUGUGUGUCAGAAAAAUAAACGGGAGCUUUUAAAGUUCUCUCUUUAAAGGUCACUGUCAAUAUCACUUUGUGUUGCCAUCCACAAGGCAAAUUCAUGUGACAUGCACUACAAAAAGAUUUGUAUCCAUGACAACGGAAUCCAUGGUCCUUCCUGAUUCACCUUCUAUAAUAGUAAUUGUAUCAAAUCUUUAACCCCUUGACUCAACAAUGUGAUGCGGUUCUUUAUGGCGGCCAAAGGGUUAAUCCUGUUUGCUGUCGUUCUACCCAACAGUGUUUCGCUCUUUGAUGUGCUUCGGUCCUUUGUACACUGUUUAAAGCCACAAGUGCCCUACUCAAUACAAUCAUGAGAGUAUUCACAAUCAUAUUGAAAUCUGUAACAAGCCCUCUGCUGGUGUUUACAUUACUCUGUGUAGUAGAUGACAGAUUUGAUGCCUCAACAGUGUUUUUUUUGUUUUAUAUAGAUAUAUUUACAUUAAAUGAUUGUGUUAUUUAUUACACUAUUUAGUAAUAUUAAAUACUUGUGGUCUUAAA